AUGUCUGCUGGAAAGAAACUCUUGAUUGCUGGUGCCCUUGGUGGUGCAGCCUACUGGUAUUACCUCAAGCUAGAAGAUGAGCGCCGCCUUCAGCAGGCCCAUCUCAAUGCACAGAGCCUGGGCCGUAAAGUAGACAACGCUGCUUCGGACACCAAGGCCUAUGUGCAGAAUAAGUAUCAGGAAAGCGUUGAUGCUGCUGAGAAGCAGAAAAAGGCCCUCGGUGACAAACUCACCCAGGCCCAGAGAAAUAGCGAAGACAAGCUGAAUGAGCUCAGCAGCUCCGCUCAGCAACAGAAAGACGCUUUCAUUAAAAACGUCGAUGAUGCUGUAGUUACUGCUGGGGACAAGUCUAAGGGCUGGAUCGACAGCACAGUCGGAUGGGUCACUGGCAAAAAGUAG